AUGAGAACUGGUGUGAAGAAUUGCUCACCGUUGCUGAUUGGCACAGAGGCAGUGGAACGCGUCCACAAAUUUACAUACCUCGGGAGCGUCGUGUCAGAGACUGGUGGAAGUGAAGAGGACAUCGCUUCAUGGAUAGCCAAACCCCGAGCUACCUUCGCGCAGCUGAGACCUGUUUGGCAAUCGCAGAAACUGACCCGAAGGAUUAAACUUAAGAUAUUCGGGUCCAACGUGAAAUCCGUGUUGCUUUACGGGUGCGAAACGUGGAAGGUUACAAAGGACAUCUCACGCCAAAACCAAGUUUUCGUCAACCGCCCUCUUCAUCGCAUUCUCGGUAUUUACUGGCCCGAGAACUUCUCAAACUUAGAGCUGUUGGAGAAAUGCCAUGAGAGCCCGAUCGACAGCCAGAUCAAGCGUCGCAAGUGGAGAUGGAUUGGACACACGCUCCGAAGGGAACCCGACCAUAUUCCCAAACAAGCUUUGGACUGGAAUCCCCAAGGGAAAAGAAAGCGUGGCCGUCCCCGUCAAACCUGGCGACGCUCCGUGUUGGCAGAGGCGGCGAGCAUCGGAAUGACGUGGAGCGAGGUGAAGGCUGAAGCCCAAGACCGAUCGCGAUGGAGGACAUCUGUGGACGCCCUCUGCCCCAUCUAG